AUGCGUGCCUCCUCCUCGGCCCUGGAUCUCGCGCCCUCGUCCGGCCCUCUCUCGGCGGACCCAGCCUCCGAUGACGCCCUGCUCCCGCCCGCCGACCUGCAAGAUUCUGCCCGCGUUUCCGGCGAGCGCGAGUGCCAGCCCAUUUUCGAUACUCGCUCAACGAGUGAGCGCGCCCCGUCGCGAGCUCCCAGCUUGGGACGCCCCAGCAUCAUCGACGAUCAUUCCGUCGUGUCCGGCGAUAGUUUCCCGGAUAUCGGCGAGGGGUCGCCCUCGCGCUCGUCCGAGUCCGUGCCGUUCGAGUCCGUGCCGUUCGAGUCCGUGCCGUCCGAGUCGGUUCCGAUAAGCACAACGCAGGAGGAAAUCGGAGCGACGAGUGCCGCGCCAGAGGACCCUGUAGAGGCAGUGGCAGAGCCUGGUGUUACUGUUGGGAAGAUGUCGCCGGUUCGCAGUGCCCUCUCGUUGCUCUUGCCGGGAGAUGACAUUAGCGAGACGUCGACCUUUGAGGACUGUCAACCGAGCCAGUCGGAGCAGGAUUUGACGUACCUUGGAUUCAAUGCGCCGUCUUUUGCGACAGCCGACGACCAUGCCGUCAUGGACAGCGUCAUGCCGCAUGGGCUGGACCCGCUCGUCCUUCCCUCGCAGGACGAUUUUUCCGUGGCGCACUGCACGCCGGAUAUUUCGCCGCUAGCUGGCGUAUUCUACGGCGCCGAUUCGAUAUCCAGUGAGUUGAACAGUAGCCCCGACACGCUCCCACGGGAUGACGCAGGCCUGGCCGACUACCCUGAAUACGAAGUGCUCAAGAACCAGACGAACGAAGAUUCCAUCUUCGGCUCCGAGCCCAACACGCCGGUGCUGCGGACGACGUCUGGGUGGAACGAGCCCUUUGGCGACUAUGACGAGAUGGGCGACCGUCUACGCGAGGAGCGUGUACCGCUAGGGCACGUCAAUUUUGAAGACCGCAACAGGGACACGGUGCCGGAGGUCCUUUUGCACGACUGGUCGGGGAGCAUCCCCGUGGAACCCAAUGUUGACAUCGUGGACUCUGCGCCCAACUCGCGCUCGUCGACAACGUACAGCCGUUUAUUUAGCGCGCAUACCAAGGAGGCGGACGAGUAUGCCAAGACAGCGAAUCUAAUCUCGAGCCAGUUGACGGCCAACCUAUCUAAGCUCUUCUCCGAAUCCAGCCAGACAGAUGUCGGCGAGGGUGCCGUACGCGACAGGCACGGGCGCAACAGCCUGCUAGACCUGAUGCCGCGGCCGGGCGAGGUGAUACGACACGAAAGCGGGAUUCCGCCGUCGCCCGUGCGCACGGCCGAGCACGACAACUCGUCGGUGCUAUCGCAGGUGGCGUGGGUGUCGUCCGAGUACGAGGACCACUCACGUGGGGCGCGGGCGGCGCGCGCAGAACUGGGGCGCGGAGGGAUAUUCACAUCGAUCGCCGGGACGCACGCGCCCGACCCGAGGCUGGACGACUUCCAGACGACGGUGCAGCGGCGCGUCGGCGACGGCGGAAGGCGCGCGGCCGGCGCCAAGCGCGGCAGGUCGUUCGCCGAGACCGAGCGGGCCAGGGAGGACGCAGACGGCUUUGCGGAGGAGAGCGGCGGCGCGACCGGCAGAAGGAGACGGCUCAGCAAUUUGGAGUCCAGCGGGCGCGAGGAGGGGGGGCUGAGGGCCGUGGUGAUGGGGCGGCUCGCCAGUGGGAUGCACCUUGCGAAGAAGCUGGUUUCGUGA